AUGGAAGGUGAACCAGUUGAUAAGGGCCGAUAUCAGAGAUUGGUUGGAAGAUUUAUCUAUUUGUCUCACACUCGUCCAGAUAUAGCUCAUGCAAUUAACCUUAUGAUUCAAUAUAUGCAUGAUCCUUUCUCCUCUCAUAUAGAAGUUGAGUUCCGUGUUCUUGGGUAUUUGAAAAUUGUUCUAGGGAAUGGUAUCCAAUUCUCUCCUUCAAACAAUAUGAGAAUUGAUACCUAUACUGAUGCUGAUUGGGUAGAUUCUCUAGAUGGUCGUCAUUCUACUUCACGUUAUUGUGCAUUUGUUGAUGACAAUCUAGUCACAUGGCAUAGUAAGAAGCAAGUUGUAGUUUCCAGGUCUAGUGCUAAAGUUGAGUUUUCCUGCAAUGGCUUAUAG